UUAUAUGAUGAAGACUUCUUCCUCGACUUUUCACCAACCCCACAAGAAUUCAAGCGACCGGAGAGAUGCGAAGUCGUCGGAAGCCACCUUGCGCCGCCCGCCGGAUAAUAUUCCUACUCUGUUCUCUUCUUCUAUCGACAACCGUAACUGCUCGCCCCUUCGUUCUCGUCCUAUCUCAAGACGACCUCAAGGACGGACCCGUUGAUGACUCCACCGAUGAUCCAUCUUCCAUCGCCGAUUGGGACGAGUUCGGCGAAUCGGACGCUAGGUCCGACGAUGAGCUUGAUCCUGGAUCCUGGCGCCUUAUAUUCGAGCCUGAUGAAUCAAUUUCUCACUUGGAUGUUGUUAUCAAUCCCGAACUAGAGGAGUACUACUCAAGCGUUAGGAAGAUGGUUGCUGCCGUGAGCGAUGGCGGUAGCGCAAUGGAGGAUGCCGCUUCGGAGAUUGAAGCGACCGCCGCCACCGGUAAUCCUCACGCGCAGUCGCUGUUAGGGUUUUUGUAUAAUAUGGGAAUGGCGAGGGAGCGUAAUGGUGCCAAGGCUUUCAUGUAUCAUCAUUUUGCCGCUGACUCGGGCAAUAUGCAAUCCAAGUUGGCACUCGCGUAUACGUAUUCUCGCCAAGAUGUAUAUGAUAAAGCAGUUACGUUGUACGCAGAACUAGCUGAAGCCGCUGUUAAUAGUUUUUUAAUUUCAAAAGACUCCCCGGUGAUUGAACCAGUUAGAAUCCAUAAUGGAGCAGAGGAAAACAAAGAGGCUCUCAGGAAAUCCAGAGGGGAGGAGGAUGAGGACUUCCAGAUCUUGGAAUACCAGGCACAGAAAGGAAAUGCUGUAGCCAUGUAUAAGAUUGGGAUAUUUUACUACUUCGGAUUAAGAGGAGUUAGGCGUGAUCAUGUCAAGGCAUUGUCAUGGUUUACGAAGGCUGUGGACAAGGGUGAACCUAGGUCUAUGGAGCUUCUUGGAGAGAUCUAUGCAAGAGGUGCUGGAGUCCAGCGUAACUACACAAAGGCUCUUGAAUGGCUUACUCUAGCAUCCAAACAACAACUUUAUUCAGCUUAUAAUGGGAUGGGAUAUUUAUAUGUCAAGGGUUAUGGAGUAGAACAGAAGAACUAUACCAAAGCGAAAGAAUACUUUGAGAAGGCUGCUGAUAACGAGGAAGCUGGUGGCCAUUACAAUUUGGGUGUAAUGCAUCUUAAAGGAAUUGGGGUGAAGAAAGAUGUGAAGCUAGCUUGUAAAUAUUUCAUAGUAGCAGCUAAUGCAGGUCAACCAAAAGCAUUUUACCAGUUGGCGAAGAUGUUCCACACUGGCAUAGGGCUAAAAAAGAAUCUUCCAAUGGCAACAUCGUUGUACAAACUAGUGGCAGAAAGAGGACCGUGGAAUUCCUUGUCUAGAUGGGCGUUAGAAUCAUACCUAAAAGGUGAAGUGGGAAAGGCAUUCCUAUUAUACUCUCGGAUGGCCGAGUUAGGAUACGAGGUGGCACAAAGUAAUGCCGCCUGGAUUCUUGAUAAGUUUGGAGAAGCGAGCAUGUGCAUGGGAGAAUCAGGGUUAUGCACAGAUGCAGAAAGGCAUCAGCGUGCACAUACGUUAUGGUGGCAAGCUUCUGAGCAGGGUAAUGAACAUGCUGCUUUGCUAAUUGGGGAUGCAUACUACUAUGGCCGGGGUACUGAACGAGAUUAUGAUCGUGCAGCAGAUGCUUACAUGCAUGCAAAAUCCCAAUCAAAUGCUCAAGCCAUGUUUAAUUUGGGAUACAUGCAUGAGCAUGGUCAAGGACUUCCUUUGGAUCUCCAUCUUGCCAAGCGUUACUAUGAUCAAGCUCUAGAAAUUGAUGCUGCUGCAAAAUUGCCUGUAAUGCUGGCCCUCGCUAGCUUGUGGGUACGGAGAAACUAUGCAAAUAGUUUUCUGGUUGAUUUAAUAGAUUCUUUGCCUGGUGUUUACCCAAAAGUGGAAGAAUGGAUCAAGAAUGUGGUAAUGGAGGAAGGAAAUGCAACCAUUCUCACCCUUUUCGUCUGCCUCUUGACCGUUCUUUACCUUCGUGAGCGGCAGCGGCGGCAAGCGGCGGUGGCAGCGGGCGGAUUAGUUCCUCAACCUCAGCCUAACGACAACAAUGGCGUACCCGCCAUUAAUUAAGAUCUCUAAUCCAAAUGGUUUUUUGGUCAUAAGCUUUGUUAUAUCCUUUUAUGGGAUGGUUUAAAGAGGUUUGAUUUUUUUAGACUGUAAAUGUAUUGUUUUUUAUUUAAUUUUAUCAUAAUAUGGAGACUGUAUUUGCAGUAUAAGUUAUAGCAUACCAUUUACAUCUAA